GGGGCUGUAGUAAGAAGCGGGGAGGGAUGCGGAUGUAAACACCGGACAAUGGCCCCUUUAGACACUGAUACAACAGCAAUCUAGCAAUGGAACAAAGAAAAAAUGACAGUUUUGUCCCAAGUAUCACACAGUUGGAACAUUUUUUGACAGAACACGACUCCAAUGUUGUUUGGCUAUUAGUUGCUACAAUCUUGUCUUGUGGAUGGAUUAUCUAUCUAACUUAUUAUAAUUCCCGAAAUGUUGGACUUAUUUUAACAUUGGUUCUGAACAGAUUAUAUAAACAUGGCUACAUCCAUAUUGGUUCCUUUUCAUUCUCUGUCCUGUCCGGAAAAGUCAUGGUUCGUGAAAUCUAUUACAUUACAGAAGACAUGUCAAUCAGAAUCCAAGAUGGAUUUAUUAUAUUUCGCUGGUGGAAAAUGUACAAUCCAAAGCAGAAACAACAUGAUCCAAAAGCAGAAACUAGACUGUAUAUCAUGGUAAAUGACUUUGAAUUUCAUGUCUACAACCGCUCUGCCCUUUAUGGACAACUUCAGGAAUUAUUUGGUCUGGAUCCAACAAUAAUUCCGCCAAGGAAGGAGGAUGAAAAAGCACAAGAAAAUGGAAGAGACACAACGCACUCCAAUCUUGAAAGUGUUAAAGUAAAAACAGAAUCUCAAGACCCUUCCUCUUCAUGGAGAUCUCUUAUUCCUGUAAUCAAAGUCAAUGUUAGCACGGGUCGCUUGGCAUUUGGGAAUCAUUAUCAGCCACAAACACUCUGCAUUAACUUUGAUGAUGCUUUCUUAACAUAUACCACGAAACCACCUUCAAGUCACCUUGACCAUUUUAUGCACAUUUUGAAGGGAAAACUGGAAAAUGUCAGAGUCAUGUUAGUUCCCAGUCCAAGAUACGUUGGUCUUCAAACUGACGAGCCACCAAGGUUAAUGGGAGAAGGCUUUGUUGUAAUGCAGUCCAAUGAUGUUGACAUCUACUAUUACAUGGAUGAACCAGGUCUUGUACCAGAGGAGACAGAGGAAAAUAAUGAUGGAGAAACAAGCGAUGAAGACAGUAAACUGCAAGACCUGCCUCCAUGUUGGGGAUUAGACAUUGUAUGUGGAAAAGGAACAGAUUUCAACUAUGGACCGUGGGCUGACAGGCAAAGGGACUGUUUGUGGAAAUUUUUUUUCCCACCAGAUUACCAGGUUAUGAAAGUCUCAGAAAUUGCACAGCCUGGCAAGCCAAGACAGAUCCUUGCUUUUGAGUUGCGAAUGAAUAUCAUUGCAGAUGCCACUAUUGACUUGCUCUUUACCAAAAACAGGGAAACCAAUGCUGUACAUGUAAAUGUUGGAGCAGGCUCGUAUUUGGAAAUAAAUAUUCCCAUGACAGUCAGUGAAAAUGGCUACUCCCCUGCAAUUAAAGGACAGCUUUUACACGUUGAUGCCACCAGCAGUAUGCAGUACCGAACUCUUCUAGAAGCAGAAAUGUUAGCUUUUCAUAUUAAUGCCAACUAUCCCCGGAUAUGGAACAUGCCACAGACAUGGCAGUGUGAAGUUGAGGUUUAUAAAGCAACCUAUCACUUUAUCUUUGCUCAAAAAAACUUCUUUGCAGAUUUGAUUCAAGACUGGUCCAGUGAUAGUGCUCCUGAUAUUUUCUCAUUUGUUCCCUAUAUAUGGAAUUUUAAAGUAAUGUUUCAUCAAUUUGAAAUGAUUUGGGCAGCAAAUCAACACAACUGGAUUGACUGUUCCACCAAACAGCAGGAAAACGUUUAUCUGGCAGCCUGUGGGGAAACUUUAAACAUUAUUUUCUCUCUGCCUUUCACUGACUUUGUUCCAACCACAUGCAAUACUAGGUUCUCUUUAAGGGGAGAAGAUGUCGAUCUUCAUUUAUUUCUACCAGAUUGCCAUCCUAGUAAAUAUUCUCUCUUUAUGUUGGUGAAAGAUUGUCAUCCUAAUAAAAUAAGUCCUGAAUCCUGUAUUUCGGCUGAAUGUCAAAGUGGUCAAAAAACAGGCAAGCCCAAGUGGAGGAAUAUUACUCAAGAAGAGGCUGGAUGGGUUGAAUGCUGGACUGUACCAAGUGUUACAUUCACAAUUGACUACACUUGGCAUCCAAUUUAUCCACAGAAGGCAGAUGAACAGUUGAAGCAAUCAUUGUCAGAAAUGGAAGAAACUAUGUUAUCUGUACUAAGGCCAUCACAGAAGACAGCCGAUAGAAUCAUUUCCUCUCCCACAGACUCAACUCGCCUUCCUAUUGAUCCCUCAGAACUUCCACCUGAUAAGCUACAUGUGGAACUAGAAGUCUCUCCGGAUUCUCAGAUAACCCUGUAUGGACCUCUACUAAACGCCUUUCUGUUUAUAAAGGAAAAUUACUUUGGAGAAGAUGACAUGUACACAGAUUUUGAAGAAGUCAUUUCAAGCCCUGUCCUAUCAAUGUCAACAUCUUCAAGCUCUGGGUGGACAGCAGUUGGAUUGGAGAAUGACAAAAAGGGAACUGAGAGUUCAGCCAAACCAGUUCAUCCCCUAACCUUGCGCCCUUGGGACAUUACUGUACUCGUUAAUGUGUACAAAGUGCAUGGACGGCUACCAGUGCACGGCAGCACGGAUGGUCCUGAAUGCCCUACUGCUUUCUUGGAAAGAUUGUGUUUUGAGAUGAAAAAAGGAUUUAGGGAGACCAUGCUUCAACUUGUACUAUCCCCACUGAAUUUAUUCUUGAAUGACAGCUAUCAGCAACGACCUUCUGUGGAUGAACUACUUAGAGAGGGCCAUAUCAGCCUGUCAGGUCUGCAGCUACGAGCUCAUGCUAUGUUUUCAGCAGAAGGUCUGCCUGUGGGAAGUGAUACUUUAGAAUAUGCAUGGCUGAUCGAUGUGCAGGCUGGCUGCCUUACAGCUAAGGUUACAGCACCACAGCUUGCAUGUCUGCUGGAAUGGGGACAGAUGUUUGUGUUUCAUGUAAUGUGUCGAGAGUUUGAACUGGAAAGGCCAAAAUCUGUAAUAAUGUGUCAGCAUGGAAUUGAUCGUCGGUUUUGUGAAUCUAAGAUGAACUGUGUUCCUGGGCCAUGUCCAACAUCUGAUGAUUUAAAGUACACUAUGACACGCCUUGCAGUAGAUGGAGCAGAUCUGUAUAUUGUAGAGCAUGGCUGUGCCACCAAUAUAAAGAUGGGUGCUGUACGUAUUGCAAACUGUAACCUCCACAACCAGUUUGUUGGAGAGGGUAUAAGUGCUGCUAUCCAAGACUUUCAGCUGAGACAGUAUGUUGAGCAGGUGAAUAACUGCAGAGUUGGUCUUCAACCUGCAAUACUGCGGAGGGCGUACUGGCUGGAAGCUGGGUCUGUCAAUUUGGGACUCAUCACUGCUGAUAUUGCUUUAGCUGGGGAUCAUCAUUCUAAACAUGAAGUGCAGAGACAUUUCUUAGAAACACAUGAUAGCAGAAUUAAGAGGUUGUGGUUUCUGUGGCCAGAUGAUAAUGUGAAGAACAAGAGAAGCAAGAACAAGUGUGGCUGUCUUGGUGGCUGCCGAUUCUUUGGUGGCACAGUAACAGGACUAGACUUCUUCAAGCUUGAAGAGAUGACGCCUUCAAGCAGCUCUGCCUUUUCAAGUACAAGUGCAGAAUCUGAUAUGUUUUAUGGACAGUCUUUAUUGCAGCCAGGAGAAUGGAUCAUUACCAAGGAGAUUCCCAAAAUUAUAGAUAGUAAGACAAAUGGUGUAAAAAGAAAAGAUUGGGAUUGCAGAUCUGUGGGUAUAGAAAUAGAGAGAAAGGCCCAGCACCUGAGUCUGCAAGUACCAUUGCGAUCCCAUAGUUCCUCAUCAUCUUCAGAGGAAAACAGCAGUUCCAGUGCUGCACUUCCCUUGCUUGCAGGUGAGAAGGAAAGCCCUUCUUCUACUACUGAAGAUCACAUGGGACAAAAGGAGUUCGUGUCUGGUGCAAAAAGAGAGGAUGGUCAUGGAAGUACUCCAGCAGAAGUUUCAGGAAGCAGUCCUGUGUCUCCUAACAACCAGGAAAGGUCUGUAGGACAGUCUCCCCUCAGGUCUCCUUUGAAACGGCAAGCAUCUGUGUGUUCUACCCGACUUGGGAGCACCAAGAGUCUUACUGCAGCAUUCUAUGGUGACAAGCAGCCUGUUCCAGUUGGUGUUCAGUUCAGUAGUGAUGUCUCUCGCAGUGAUGAGAAUGUCUUGGACUCUCCAAAGCAGAGGAGAAGCUUUGGUUCUUUUCCAUACACGCCAUCUGCAGAUUCAAAUUCAUUUCACCAGUAUCGCUCAAUGGACUCUAGCAUGUCGAUGGCUGAUAGUGAAGCCUAUUUUUCAGCAGCUGAAGAGUUUGAGCCAAUAAGCAGUGAUGAAGGUCCAGGAACCUAUCCAGGGAGGAAAAAGAGAAAAAAGCAAGCCCAGCAAAUUGAGUAUAGUAGAGGGUCAAUCUAUCACAGUGUAGAAGGACCUCUAACUAGUACAGUCCAUGGAGAAGCCAGUCAAGAUCCAAAGACUUUGCCAAUCAAGACUCAUGCUUCACAGGCUUCAUUUGUUUCAGCAGUGGGCGAAGAAGAUGAGCUCGUUGAGCACAUGUAUAUCAUGGAAGCUGAGAAGGCUGUAGAAAGUGAUCAAAUAACUUCCCAACAACCUAUAAUGACCUGCUACCAAAGUUACCUUACCCAGUUUCAGGUGGUCAACUGGUCAGUAAAGCAUCCAACAAACAAAAGAACCUCAAAAUCUUCCUUACAUCGGCCUUUAGACCUUGAUACCCCAACUAGUGAGGAAAGCUCCUCGUCUUUUGAGCAUUUUUCUGUUCCAACUUUUAAGAUUGUUAAACAGGGUCUCACAGCUAAUGCUUUGCUGGACAGAGGCAUGCAGCUUACAGGAUCAACAUCCAAUACACCCUAUACUCCUUUGGAAAAGAAAACAAUGGAUAAUACAGAUGAUGAAACAAUCACAGAGGAAUGGACCCUGGAUCAUCCGGUCUCCCAGACUAGAACAACAGCAAUAGUGGAAGUAAAAGGAACUGUAGAUGUUGUUCUUACUCCUCUGGUAGCAGAAGCUUUAGACAGGUAUAUAGAAGCAAUGGUACAUUGUGCUAGCACUCAACACCCAGCAGCAAUUGUGGAUGAUCUACAUUAUAAGGUCCUCAGAGAAGCUGUACAGAACAGCAAAACAACCUUUUCAGAGAACUUAUCUUCCAAACAGGAUGUUAGAGGAACAAAAACAGAGAACCCUGCUACAGGAACAACAAACCAAGGCCAGGCACAGACUAAUCUUUCACUUAAGCAAGAUAAUGUGAAAAUUAAAGGUCUUCAGGCCAAUGUUACCAUACCCAAGGUAAACUUGUGUUUAUUGCAAGCAUCGGUUGAAGAAACCUCAGGCAUUGCUUCUGGCAAAACUGUAACUCAUGUUUCCUUAGUAGCUUUGUGUUUUGAUAGAAUUGCUACACAAGUUCGUAUGAACAGGGGUGUGAUUGAAGAGACUUCAAACAAUGCAGAUACUGGGAGGAAUUCAGUAACAUUUGAUCGGUACAUCCAUGCCAGUAAAAUGCAGCCUCAGUCUUCUGGCUCACUGAGAUCAAAUGCUGGAGCAGAAAAAGGAAAAGAAAUUGCUGCCAAACUGAACAUUCAUCGUGUUCAUGGACAGCUUAGAGGCCUUGAUGCAACAGACAUUGGGACUUGUGCAAUAACAGCGAUUCCUUUUGAGAAGUCAAAAGUUCUUUUUACUUUGGAAGAGUUGGAUGAGUUUACUUUUGUAGAUGAAACUGAUCAGCAAGCUGUUCCAGAUGUAACUCGAAUAGGUCCCAGCCAAGAGAGGUGGGGCUGGAUAAUGUUUGAAUGUGGAAUUGAAAAUUUAACAAUAAAAGGUGGAAGACAAUCUGGAGCUGUUUUAUAUAGUACUUUUGGAGUCAUGGGUAAAUCUAAUGCCACAGAGAGGGGUGGAUUGCUUGCAUCCAACAAUUCUUCAGAUUCUCCAACUGGUAGUGGUUAUAAUACUGAUGUGUCUGAUGAUAAUCUUCCUUGUGAUAGAAGUCCCUCUUCGGACAUAAAUGGAAAUUCAGUUUCCGAUGAACAGGAUGAAGGAGUUGAAUCUGAUGAUCUGAAAAAAGAUCUUCCUCUAAUGCCUCCCCCACCUGACUCCUGCAGCAUGAAGCUGACAAUCAAAGAAAUUUGGUUUAGUUUUGCAGCUCCCACUAAUGUGCGCUCUCCUGCCCAUAAAUUUUCAAGGCAACUGAACCUACUGAGCACUGCAACUCCUGCUGUUGGUGCGUGGCUUGUUCCCAUUGAUCAACUGAAGUCUUCAUUAAACAGAUUAGAAACUGAAGGAACUCUAAGGAUUUGUGCUGUCAUGGGCUGCAUAAUGACAGAGGCAUUAGAGAAUAAAAGUAUGCACUUCCCUUUGAGAAGCAAAUACAACAGACUGACUAAAGUGGCUCGUUUCCUACAAGAAAAUCCUUCCUGUUUGCUGUGUAAUAUACUGCAUCACUACCUUCAUCAGGCAAAUUAUUCCAUCAUUGAGGAUGCUACCAUGAGUGAUGGUCUUCCUGCAUUAGUGACUUUAAAGAAAGGUCUAGUUGCACUUGCUAGGCAGUGGAUGAAAUUCAUUGUUGUGACACCAGCUUUCAAAGGAGUUAGCUUACACAGACCAGCUCAACCGUUGAAACCACAGACAACUGCACACCAUGAGCAUGAGGAUGGAGUUGGAUUAGACAAUGGAGGUGGCCUUCAGAGUGACACAAGUGCUGAUGGAGCAGAGUUUGAGUUUGAUGCAGCUACAGUCAGUGAACACACAAUGCUCCUAGAAGGAACAGCUAACCGUCCUCCACCUGCUGGAGUUUCUUCUGGGCCUGUAACUGGGGCUGAGAUCAUGAGGAAAUUAUCCAAGACCCAUACUCACAGUGAUUCUGCUCUGAAAAUAAAGGGUAUACAUCCUUACCAAUCCUUGAGCUAUACUAGUGGGGACACAGCCACGGAUUCACCAGUGCAUGUUGGCCGUUCUGGAAUGCCAGUCAAGGAAAGUCCGAGAAAGGAGAGCCUACUCAGCUACCUUACUGGAAGUUUUCCUAGUUUGCAUAAUCUUCUUGAAGGGACUCCUCAAAGAAGUACUACAGCAGUUAAAAGUAGUUCUUUAACAAGAACAGGAAAUACUGUGGCCACCGACAUGUUAUCUGAACAUCCUUUGUUGUCUGAACCAUCAUCUGUGAGUUUCUAUAACUGGAUGUCAAAUGCUGUUGGCAACAGAGGAGGUGUAGUGCAAGAGUCUCCCAACACCAAAUCUGGACACAAUAGCCUUCCAACAGGUGUUGCACCCAAUCUUCCUACAAUACCCUCUGCUUCAGACUUCAAUACAGUUCUGUCUAGUGACCAGAACACUUUGGAUGGGACACAUUCUCAGCAUAGCACCAGUCAGGAUGAUAUUGCAGGUGUAGAAGAGGGUAACCAGGGAUUUCCUGCUGUUCAACUUGCAGAUGCGCAGGUUGUUUUCAAACCUCUUCUGAGCCAUACAGGAAUUCAGUCUCAAGAUGCAGUGCCACUAUGCUAUAGAAUGUAUUUCGGAGAGUAUCUUUCAUUCUCAGGGACUUUGGACUGUCUCAGGGCAGACAUUGUUGAUUCAGAUACAACAAAAGAGAGAAAAAGCAAGAGAGCACGAAGGCAAGGAGCCGUCAAUCUUCCCCCACUUGAAUUCAAACCGGCAUUGAUGUUGGAAACUUUUAGCAUUAGUGCUGUUGUAAUGGAGAAGUCAAUGUGUACACCCCAAAACUCCACCAAUGCCCUUUCUUUUCAUGACCUGAACAAGCGUUACUAUAAUACUUUUCACUGUAAUUUUACAAUUUCCUGCCAGUCCAUAAGCCAGCACGUAGAUAUGGCACUGGUUCGGCUUAUUCAUCAAUUCAGUACAAUGAUAGAUGAUAUUAAAGCCACACAAACGGACAUCAAACUUAGCAGAUACACUGCUGGGUCAGCCUCUCCAACACCUACCUUUAAAACCCGUAAACAUAGAGACUUUCGCUCUUCUGACUUUAGCCGCAGCUCCCGAGGAAGCAUCAAUGGAGGCAGCAGAGUAAACAAUGCAAAGAACAAAAGAACCAAUAAUGAGAACAGUAAAAAAGAAUCUCGAAACAAGAAUUCUCUGGGGAGAUCAGAAAGAAGAACUUCUAAAGUAUCCAGGAAGGGUUCAAAGGAUGUAGUUGAUCACAUGACCAUCCAUAUGGAUGAUUCAGAUUCCAUUACAGUGUCAGAACAGAGUGAGCCAUCUGCAGAGUGCUGGCAAAAUAUGUAUAAACUGCUGAAUUUUUAUUCACUUAUCUCUGAUCCAACAGGGAUUUUAGAAAAAUCGUCUGAAACUUUUGGGCCAACAGGUGUUCGGAGUCCUACUGAACCUGCAUGUAGAGUUGUGUUUGAGAAUGAACAGGACAAUAGCAGCUUGAGCAAGACACAGAGGAAACGCAGUCUGGUUACUUCCGAACCUCAGCACGUGACUCUAAUAGUCUUUGGGAUAGGCAUGGUGAAUCGCACACACCUUGAAGCAGAUAUUGGUGGACUAACAAUGGAAUCGGAGCUGAAGAGGAUUCAUGGAAGUUUCACACUAAAAGAAAAAAUGAAAGAUGUUCUGCACCAAAAGAUGACUGAGACUUGUGCCACUGCUCAUAUAGGUGGUGUUAACAUUGUUCUGCUGGAGGGAAUUACACCAAAUAUCCAACUGGAGGAUUUUCCUACAUCUCCAACAAGCACAGCCAAACAAGAGUUUCUAACUGUAGUCAAAUGCAGUAUUGCCAAAUCACAGGCUCUUUAUAGUGCCCAAAGAGGAUUGAAAACAAAUAAUGCUGCAGUGUUGAAAGUGGGAGCUAUCAGCAUCAACAUUCCUCAACACCCUGCCACUCUACACAGCAUGAUGGUGCGCAGUUCUCACCAGCUUUCCAAACAGAUUUCAGACCUCAUCAGACAACCAUCAACAGCGCCACAGCCUGCAAAAGAAGAUGUUGCAACUCCAUUGCCCUCUGAAAAGACACCAACAAGUGUUAAUCAGACUCCAGUUGAAACCAAUGAAUUUCCACAACUGCCAGAAGGCUUAGAGAAGAAGCCCAUAGUUCUUAAGUUCAGUGCCAUGAUAGAUGGUAUAGCUAUUGGAGCAGCACUCUUGCCAUCUCUAAAAGCAGAAUAUAAGAUGGGAAGAAUGAGAAGUCAUGGAAUGACAGGUGCUCAAACAAGGUUUACAUUUGAACUUCCAAAUCACAGAUUGCGGUUUACAUCAAAAGUUUCUGCCACUGAUAUGUCUACCAUUCCUCCUUCAGCAAGUCUUAAUCUUCCUCCUGUCACUAUGUCAGGCAAAUAUGUCAUGGAGGAACAUGACACCUACUCAGAUCAAAUAUGGAGUAUAGAUGAGCUACCAACUAAACAGGGCUAUUAUGUACAAGGGAACUAUUUACGUUGCGUGGCUGAGGUUGGUUCCUUUGAACAUAAUCUCACAACUGACCUUCUAAAUCAUUUAGUGUUUGUACAAAAAGUGUUCAUGAAGGAAGUCAACGAAGUCAUACAGAAGGUGUCAGGAGGGGAGCAGCCAAUUCCUCUUUGGAAUGAACAUGAUGGCACAACAGAUGGAGAGAAGCCUAAAAUUCUCUUGUACUCUUUGAGCCUACAAUUUAAGGGAAUUCAAGUGACAGCCACAACUCCAUCAAUGAGGGCCGUGAGAUUUGAAACUGGAUUGAUAGAACUUGAGCUCUCAAACCGAAUACAAACCAAAGCAAUGCCUGGAAGUACCAGCUACCUUAAACUGUUUGGUAAAUGCCAAGUGGAUCUGAAUCUGGCAUUGGGACAAAUUGUUAAACAUCAGGUAUAUGAAGAAGCAGGUUCUGACUUCCAUCAAGUUGCUUAUUUUAAGACAAGAAUUGGAUUAAGAAAUGCUCUCCGAGAAGAAAUCAGUGGUUCAUCAGAUAGAGAGGCUGUGCUUAUUACUUUGAACAGGCCAAUUGUCUUUGCUCAGCCUGUGGCGUUUGACAGAGCUGUGCUGUUUUGGCUGAAUUACAAGGCUGCUUAUGACAACUGGAAUGAACAGAGACUGGCUUUACAUAAGGAUAUUCACAUGGCUACAAAAGAAGUGGUAGACAUGUUACCUGGAAUCCAGCAAACAUCUGCCCAGGCUUUUGGGACACUUUUUCUUCAGCUAACUGUUAAUGAUUUGGGAAUUUGUCUACCCAUCACAAAUGCACCACAGUCUAACCACACAGCAGAUCUUGACACUGGCUCUGCUUUAGUCCUGACCAUUGAAAGCACAUUAAUCACUGCCUGCUCUUCAGAGUCUCUGGUUAGCAAAGGACAUUUUAAAAAUUUCUGUAUCCGUUUUGCUGAUGGUUUUGAGACGAGUUGGGAUGACUGGAAACCAGAAAUACGAGGGGAUCUAGUCAUGAAUGCCUGUGUAGUACCAGAUGGCACCUAUGAAGUCUGUUCAAGGACAGCAGGACAGGCUGCUGCAGAAAGCAAUAGUGCUGGAACCUGGACUCUCAAUGUGUUAUGGAAGAUGUGCGGUAUUGAUGUCCACAUGGAUCCUAACAUUGGGAAAAGAUUAAAUGCUUUGGGCAAUACCCUCACAACACUGACAGGAGAAGAAGAUGUUGAUGACAUUGCUGACCUCAAUUCUGUAAACAUAGCUGACCUAUCGGAUGAGGACGAAGUUGAUACCAUGUCUCCCACUAUACAUGCAGAAACUGUUGAUUAUCGGCGACAGGGAGCAUCUGGUAGCCAAGUUGGAGAGCAGAGAGGAAGAAAAUUUGUGAAACGUUUAGUAGAUAUUAGGGAACUGAAUGAACAAGCCAAAGUAAUUGAUGAUCUCAAAAAACUAGGUGCAAGUGAAGGAACCAUAAACCAAGAAAUUCAGCGCUAUCAACAAUUAGAGUCAGUAGCUGUGAAUGACAUUCGCCGAGACGUCCGUAAAAAACUACGUAGGUCCAGCAUGAGGGCUGCUUCUCUGAAGGACAAAUGGGGCCUAGGUUACAAACCCAGCUAUAACCGAUCUAAAACAAUUUCAGCAUCUGGAAGACCACCUCUAAAAAGAAUGGACAGGGCAAGCUCUCGACUAGGAGACAGUGAAGAGCUCCCAGAAAUCCGUGUAGAUGCAGCAUCUCCUGGACCCAGAGUAACCUUCAACAUACAGGACCCUUUUCCAGAGGAGACAGAACUGGACCUUUUGUCAGUAACUAUUGAUGGUCCAUCCCAUUACUCAUCCACUAGUGAAGGAUCAUGCUCAGUAUUCAGUUCACCCAAAACUCCAGUAGUCUUCUCACCAAGCAUUCCCUUCCAGCCCGAAGAGGGACGGCGGGAUGACAGUUUAUCUUCAACCAGUGAAGACUCUGAGAAGGAAGAAGACCAUGACAGAGAGAAGGCUUAUUUUUACAGAAAACCACAGAAUACCACUCGCAAGAAAGCAACAGGCUUUGCUGCAGUUCACCAACUGUUUACUGACCGCUGGCCGACAACUCCUGGUAACAGAAAUGUGACUGGCACAACCACAGAGAGAAAUAUUGACUUUGAACUUGAUAUCAGAGUUGAAAUUGAUUGUGGAAAAUGUGUGCUGCAUCCAACAACGCUUCAGCAAGAGCAUGAUGAAAUCAGCUUAAGAAGGAGUUAUGAUCGGAGUUCCAGAAGUUUAGAUCAAGAGUCUCCUUCAAAAAAGAAGAAAUUUCAAACUAACUAUGCAUCUACUACUCACUUACUUGCUGGCAAGAAAGUGCCGUCAUCUCUACAGACAAAGCCUAGUGACCUGGAAACUACAGUAUUUUACAUUCCUGGUGUAGAUGUAAAGUUACACUACAACUCUAAGACUUUGAAGACUGAAUCGCCAAAUGCCUCCCGGGGAUCCUCUUUGCCAAGAACCCUUUCCAAAGAGUCCAAGUUGUAUGCCAAAGGGAAAGGAAGUGGUGGAAUAAAAACUGCAAAAUUGUAUGCAUGGGUUGCACUUCAGUCAUUGCCUGAGGAAAUGGUCAUUAGCCCCUGCCUAUUGGACUUCCUAGAGAAGGCUCUGGAAACUAUUCCUAUUACACCAAUAGAGAGGAAUUACGCAGCUGUCAGUUCUCAAGAUGAAGACAUGGGACAGUUUGAAAUACAAGACGCCUUGGAGGAGUCCACAGCCUCACUAGUGUCAUCGUCAACAUCAGCAUACUCAUCCUUCCCUGUGGAUGUGGUGGUUUAUGUACGAGUUCAGCCUUCACAGAUCAAGUUCAGCUGCUUACCUGUAUCAAGAGUAGAAUGUAUGCUGAAGCUGCCCUCUCUAGACCUAGUGUUCUCUUCAAACCGAGGGGAAUUGGAGACCUUAGGCACAACUUGCCCCACAGAAAACUUGGCAGUUGGUGGUAAUACUUCACAAACUGGAUCAAAGAACUCAGUUAAUAAAACUGGGAUACCAGGUUCAUCUGGACUAGGCAGCCCUCUUGGCAGAACCCGACAUAGCAGUAGCCAGUCAGAUUUGACUAGCUCUAGCAGCAACUCAUCAGGCCUGAGUUUCACAGCCUGCAUGUCUGAUUUCUCCCUUUAUGUAUUUCAUCCAUAUGGAGCAGGAAAACAAAAAUCUGCUGUUACUGGUCUAACUCCUGGAUCAGGAGCACUAGGUAAUGUAGAUGAGGAGCCCACUUCAGUCACUGGUCGGAAAGAUUCUCUGAGUAUUAACCUUGAGUUUGUGAAAGUAAGUCUGUCAAGAAUAAGACGUUCAGGAGGUGCUUCAUUUUUUGAGAGCCAGUCUGCAAGCAAAGCUGCAAGCAAGAUGGAUACUACAUUAAUAAAUAUAUCUGCUGUCUGUGAUAUAGGAUCUGCUUCUUUUAAAUAUGACAUGCGGCGACUCAGUGAGAUUCUGGCCUUCCCAAGAGCCUGGUAUAGGAGAAGUAUUGCCAGACGCCUUUUUCUAGGCGAUCAAACAAUAAAUCUACCAGCAUCAGGUCCUGGAACACCAGAUUCCAUUGACGGGGUAAGCCAGCAUCUUUCUCCUGAAUCGUCACGUAAAGCAUACUGUAGGACUUGGGAGCAGCCCUGCCAGUCUGCUUCAUUUACACACAUGGCACAGUCACCCAAUGUUUUUAAUGAGCACAAUACAAACACCAGUAUGUCACCUGGGACAACAAAUCAUAAUUUAAAAUCUCCAGCUGUUGCACGAUCCAGGAGUGUAUCCGAUUCUUCAGUUCCCCACAGAGAUACGCUCUCGAAAACAUCAACACCAUUUAAUAAAUCAAAUAAAGCUGGAAGUCAGCAGGGGACACCAUGGGAAACUCUGGUUGUGUUUGCUAUGAAUUUGAAACAAUUAAAUGUCCAAAUGAAUAUGAGCAAUGUAAUGGGCAAUACUACGUGGACUACCAGUGGUUUGAAAAGCCAAGGACGUUUAUCUGUGGGUAGUAACAGAGACCGUGAAAUUAGCAUGUCUGUUGGUCUGGGAAGAUCACAGUUGGAUUCCAGAGGAGGUGUGGUUGGAGGUACCAUAGAUGUUAAUACCUUGGAGAUGGUGGCUCAUAUUUCUGAACAUCCAAACCAGCAACCCAGUCACAAAAUUCAGAUUACUAUGGGUUCUACAGAAGCACGUGUUGACUAUAUGGGGUCCAGUAUCCUUAUGGGAAUCUUCAGUAAUGCAGAUCUUAAACUGCAGGAUGAAUGGAAAGUUAAUCUAUAUAAUACCUUGGAUUCAAGUAUUUCUGAUAAAAGUGAGAUAUUUGUCCAUGGAGACUUGAAGUGGGAUAUCUUUCAAGUGAUGAUUUCAAGAUCAACCACCCCAGACCUGAUAAAAAUAGGAAUGAAGCUUCAGGAGUUCUUUACUCAGCAGUUUGAUACCAGCAAACGGGCUUUGUCUACCUGGGGACCUGUUCCUUAUCUUCCUCCUAAGAUAGUGGCUAAUAUAGAGAAAAGCUCACAUGAGCAAUUGCUGGAUGCAGCCCAUCAUCGCCACUGGCCAGGGGUUUUGAAGGUAGUAUCUGGGGGCCACAUAUCCUUAUUUCAGGUUCCUUUACCAGAAGACGGAAUGCAGUUUGGAGGAUCCAUGAGCUUGCAUGGAAAUCACAUGACACUGGCAUGCUUCCAUGGACCUAAUUUCCGUUCAAAAUCUUGGGCACUGUUUCACCUUGAAGAACCCAACAUUGCAUUUUGGACAGAAGCACAAAAAUUUUGGGAAGAUGGUUCUAGUGAGCAUUCUACUUAUGUUGUACAAACACUGGACUUUCAUUUGGGUCAUAAUACAAUGGUCACCAAACCCUGUGGAGCCCUAGAAAGUCCUAUGGCAACAAUUACCAAGAUAACAAGGCGCCGCCAUGAAAACCCACCACAUGGGGUUGCAAGUGUGAAAGAAUGGUUCAAUUAUGUUACUGCUACAAGGAAUGAAGAACUAAACCUGCUUCGAAACGUUGAUGCUAACAACACAGAAAGCAGCACAACAGUGAAAAGCUCAAGCUUGUUAAGUGGAUUCAGAGGAGGAUCCAGUUACAACCACGAGACUGAAACCAUCUUCGCAUUACCAAGGAUGCAAUUGGAUUUUAAAUCCAUUCAUGUUCAAGAGCCACAGGAACCUUCAUUACAAGACACCAGUGUUAAACCAACGGUGGAGUGCAGUGUAGUAACUGAAUUCACAGACCACAUUUGUGUGACGAUGGAUGCUGAAUUAAUCAUGUUUCUGCAUGACUUGGUGUCUGCUUAUCUUAAAGAAAAAGAAAAAGCCAUCUUUCCACCUCGUAUUUUGUCUACUCGACCAGGACAGAAAAGUCCAGUUAGUUUGCCUGAUGAGAGUUCCUCUGAGAGAGAUGCAGAAGAAAGCAUUACUUACACUACUGUAGACUGGAGAGAAUUUAUGUGCAAUACUUGGCAUCUGGAACCCACACUUAGAUUAAUCUCUUGGACUGGAAGAAAGAUUGACCCAGUGGGUGUUGAUUACAUUCUUCAAAAAUUGGGCUUUCAUCAUGCCAGGACUACUAUUCCUAAGUGGCUUCAACGGGGAGUAAUGGACCCACUGGACAAAGUUCUGUCAGUCCUUAUCAAAAAACUUGGUACUGCUCUACAAGAUGAAAAAGAAAAGAAAGGAAAGGACAAGGAAGAACACUGAAGAUAUUUGUGACAAAACUAUAAUUUUAUUUCCAUUCUGUCUGAGACUGAUAUUUUAUUGUAUAAUAAGAAUUUAUUUUAAGUAUGAUUUAAAAAGAAACCUAACAGCUUUUUUGCUACUAUAUUUAAAACUUACAUUGUAAGUGACUGUUUACAGUGGUAUACAAUACCAUUCUGUAUGUGGUAAAGUAUUGCAUGAUUAUGACCAAUGUAUAUUCUGUGAAAGAAUAGGUGAAAUACUGUAAAUCUGCUGUUUAGCAUUAACAGUUUUAUUAUGUGCAAUAUGAUUCCUGCAUCUUUAAAAUAUGUGCAGAUUAACUGUGAAUUUUCAUAACUUUUAUUGGCCAUAACACACAAACCCUUGUUAAUGUGAUUCUGUUAAUGGCUUUUUUUGUCAAUGUAGACUUGUGUAAAUUCCUGUAUGUAUAUAAUUUAUGGAACUGAUUGUCAUAGUGCUAAAAAUCAUUUUAAGUUUGUUACACUUGUAAUAAAAAACAGUAACU